AAAAACAUCGAUUGGAAAACAUCUGGCAACGGGCACACUGCCACCGAUCGCGACUUUGUUUGUGUUGUGUUAAUUAUGACGCGCAUUUUGCGCUGAAAACCGUUCCCGUCUAACAAAAAGUGGCCAGCUCCACGCCCGAUAUAGCCCCUGUGUUUUCUAUUAUCUGUGUUCGUCAUACCUGCUUAAUUUUCCAAGCGACGGCAAAUGUGAUUAGUGCGGGCGUCCCUCGAAACACAUACAUAUGUAUAUAAGUGGGUGUGUCACACAAGAGAGUUCCAGCCACCGCCUUAAUUGCGCAAAGACAGAUAAAUAACUUGAUUUAAAUAAAGCCGCUUUUAAAAGUACAUCCGUUCAACGAAUCCCCUAGAAGUCUUGUAAAAUAUGUUGAAGUUUAUCCGCGGAAAGGGUCAGCAGCCCAGUGUGGAAAGACAACGCCUACAGAAGGACCUUUUUGCUUAUCGAAAGACCGCACAGCAUGGCUUCCCUCACAAGCCUUCGGCCCUUGCAUAUGAUCCUGUAUCAAAACUUAUGGCAAUUGGAACGCAAACGGGGGCCAUAAAGGUUUUCGGCCAACCCGGAGUUGAACUUUAUGGACAGCAUACAUUGGUGAACAACUCUGCAUCGGAGCUCAACGUUCAACUGCUCGAAUGGGUUUAUGGAACUGGUCGCAUACUUUCGUUAACAGCAGCUAACCAAUUAAUUUUGUGGGAGCCUGUGGGAACGACUUUGCUCCCAAUCAAAACACUUCCCUUCGAUGGCAAACUGAAGAAAGUUUCAUCGCUAUGCUGUUCCUUAAAUAAAGAUUUGCUUUGGAUUGGAACCGAAGGCGGAAACAUCUAUCAACUUGAUUUAAACACAUUUACAAUAAAGGAACCUGUAAUCUACCAUGAUGUGGUGUUAGAGCAGGUGCCACCAGCGUACAAGCUAAAUCCUGGAGCAAUUGAGUCAAUUCGCCAGCUUCCAAACGCCCCUAACAAGCUGCUCGUUGCGUACAACCGAGGCCUUUGUGUCUUAUGGGAUUUCGAAACAAGCUCCGUGGAACGAGCAUACAUAGCCCCCGGACAUGGACAAAGUGUUGGUCUUUCAGUGAAUUCCGGAGGAUCUGAAUUCAGCUGGUAUCACGCUGAUGGCUCGUAUGCCACAUGGAGCAUAGAUAACGAGAAACCGCCAUCCAACGUUAACUAUGUUCCAUAUGGUCCUGAUCCGUGCAAGAGCAUAAAUCGUCUGUACAAAGGCGAGCGAGGAUCUAACGAUGUGAUUGUUUUUUCCGGUGGCAUGCCACGUUCAGCAUAUGGUGAUCAUAAUUGCGUAUCCGUACACGCCAGCGAUGGACUCAAAGUGUGUCUUGAUUUUACAUCUAAAGUCAUUGACUUUUUUGUAACAUACAAAAACAAUACUGAUGUCGCAGAAGUGCUUAUUGUACUACUUGAGGAAGAACUCUGCGCAUACGAUCUCACUGACUCUAAUAUUUCCGCAAUUAAAGCGCCCUAUCUUCACUCGGUGCACGCAUCAGCUGUUACCUGCAAUUACCUUGCUUCUCAAGUCACGCAGUCCGUAUAUGAGAGCAUUUUACGAGCAGGCGACGAACAAGACAUUCACUACAGCAAUAUUGAUUGGCCUAUCACUGGCGGUGUUCUUCCCGAUUCAGGAGAAUCUGAUGAAGAGGAUACUGCUAAGUUGUACGAGAUUCUGUUGACUGGGCAUGAAGAUGGUUCUGUUAAGUUUUGGGAUUGUACUGGAGUGUUGCUCAAACCAAUUUAUAAUUUUAAAACGGGCAGCAUUUUCGGAAGUGAACACGAAUUUCGGGACGAUGCAGUAGCAGACAUCAGUGCGGAUCAACUCGAUGAAGGAGAACCGCCAUUUCGAAAGGCGGGCCUUUUUGAUCCUUACUCCGAUGAUCCUCGAUUGGCAGUGAAAAAAAUAGCAUUUUGUCCAAAAACCGGGCAGCUCAUUGUUGGAGGCACAGCGGGUCAAAUUGUUAUAGCUAACUUUGAUGACGCCUCGGAAAAGGUUUCUUUAAAAUACAGUUCUAUGAAUUUGGUCAGCGACCGUGAUGGGUUUGUGUGGAAAGGUCACGAUCAGCUUAACGUGCGCCCAAACUUAUUGGAAGGGGAUGCGAUUCCUUUAACUGAAAAUAGCGUUACUAUAUCAGGAGUGCUGCAGGUUUUGCCUCCAGCCAGCAUUACUUGCAUGGCACUUGAGGCGAAUUGGGGCCUCGUAUCCGGUGGAACUGCUCACGGCUUAGUGCUCUUUGACUUCAAAAACUUUGUUCCAGUAUUUCAUCGCUGCACAUUAAAUCCAAAUGAUCUUACUGGAGCAGGUGAGCAGCUGUCGCGUCGCAAGUCAUUUAAGAAAUCAUUGCGGGAGUCAUUUAGAAAGCUUCGCAAGGGUCGAUCGACCAGGAACAACCCCAGCAAUCAAGUGCCAACAACGCUAGAGGCACGUCCUGUUGAGCGGCAAAUAGAAGCACGUUGUGCUGACGACGGUCUGGGAUCAAUGGUGCGAUGUUUACUAUUUGCUAAAACUUAUGUUACUAAUGUCAACAUAACAUCGCCCACUUUAUGGUCAGCAACAAAUGCCAGUACUGUCUCCGUUUUCCUGUUGCAUUUGCCCCCAGCGCAGACCGCUGCAACUGCAGUACCGUCGGCAAGUGGCAAUGCACCACAGACUCCGCGUCGCAUUUCCGCGCAGCUUGCCAAAGAAAUUCAAUUAAAACAUCGUGCCCCAGUGGUGGGAAUUUCUAUCUUUGACCAGGCGGGAAGCCCUGUCGAUCAACUGAACGCAGGAGAAAACGGUAGCCCACCGCAUCGUCUACUUAUCGCUUCCGAGGAACAGUUUAAAGUGUUUUCACUUCCACAAUUAAAGCCAAUAAACAAAUAUAAGCUUACCGCUAACGAGGGUGCUCGGAUUCGUCGCACACACUUUGGCUCGUUUAGUUGUCGCAUAUCCCCGGAGUUACUGCAAAAUAUGCAGGGUAGUAGCCCAACCAAAUCCACACGCUCGCAUGGCGAUGGAGAAGGGUCUGCAAAUAUCAGUACGACUGCUGGUCGUGGAGAUGUGUAUCACGAAACUGCUCUGAUCUGUCUAACUAAUAUGGGCGACAUUAUGGUUUUAUCAGUCCCUGAAUUGAAAAGACAGCUGAAUGCCGCUGCUGUGCGGCGGGAAGACAUUAAUGGAAUUUCGUCGCUUUGUUUUACCAACUCUGGGGAAGCCCUGUACAUGAUGUCUUCCUCCGAAUUGCAACGCAUUGCAUUAGCCACGUCCACAGUGGUGCAACCCACAGGCAUUGUUGAAGUAGAACCUUUGGAAACUGAAGAGUCGGAACUGGUUGAAAAGGAUGAUGAAAGCGAUAAAGAAACAUGUACAAAUUCUGAAGUUGUCAACACACUAGACGUUAAAGAUCCACCAGUCGCUACUAUUCGCGCUAAACCUGUAGAAGGAAAUCUUGAUAGAAGUAGUCUUCAUCUAACCAAUGGAAUAUGCAAUACAAGUUCACCAAAUCAAGCCAACGAGACUAUCACCAGCUCCAUUGGUGAUAUAACUGUUGACUCGGUGCGUGAUCAUUUAAAUCUUACGACAACCACGUUGUGUUCCACGACUACAGAGGAGACUGUUGGUCGCCUAUCAGUGCUUAGCACACAAACAAACAAAGCUACUACCACCGUGAACGUGAACGAUAUUCCGGAUAUUAAUAUUUCCAACUUAGGAGACUUGGCAUCGAAGAGCAGCAACACGACGGAAACGAGUACUAGUUCUGUAGUAAUAAAAUCUGUUAUUACGAGCAUAUCUCACGAAAAGACGAACGGAGAAAGCGAAAAAGGAUCGACAAAAACUACUGCGCCCGAAGAAAGUCAAUUUUAAUAACUACAAGCAGGUGUUCAAGUACUCGAACAUGACAAUAUACAAACUAAGAACAUUUUUUAAAAUUGGUUUAACAACGUAAUACGGAAAUGCGUAUAAAAAACAGAGACACCAUCAGAAGAUGCUCUCCCAGAAAAAUACUUUUUAUUAUAGCUAUAGUGCAUUAUCCUGACCGCAACUGUUUAUUAUUACCUAUGUAUAUGUUUACGUAUUUUCACACAGUGACUUCACACAUAAUUAUUGUGGCAAAAAUCAAUCCAAAAGAAACAAUUGCAUUUUUAAAAAUAUAUAUAUCUGUACACCACGUAAUUUUUUAAUCAAUAUAAUUUUAAGAAUGCAUUUCUUACAAUCUUUUUGCUUUUACAAGUAUUUAAAAGAAUUUAUAUAUUUUUUACAUCUUACUCUUUAAAAGUUGAUAAAUGUGCGUGCUGCUUGUUACAUUACCAUUUAAAAACUACAAAAAAAUCUUUUCCCUGUUUUCAAAUAUUAUUUUUGUAAAUAUGAAAUUCUGUUUUAAUAUAAAUCAAGCAAUUUCGUUUUCUAAAUAUUAAAAUUCUAAUGAAUUGGAAAACAGGUUUUAAAAAGUACAAAGUGAAACAAUUAUGCCUUAUCAACAAUGACUAAAUUUAUAUCUGAUUUUAUAAAGUAUUAAAGAAACGUGUACAUCCAUAGAUUAACAUAUAAACUGUUUAAUAAUUAUUUAACCAAUAUAAUGAGUGAUUUUAUAAAUGAGAAUUGCACCGAAAAGUCAAGAA